UCACCAACGGCAGGCUCAGAGAUGCUGUGAGCGCGAGACCACAGCAUCUUUCAGUCACACGAUCCGGAAAAAAGCACGCAUCUCCGUCAAAGCCCGUAUCCGCACACACCGCAUCCUCUCCUCCUCCUCUCCGGACUUUACUGACAUCCCUAAGCCCAAAGCGCUCGAGGCUACGUUCAUGCACGAGCUAAGGAGCGCUUCAGACGCAGCAUUUUUUCUUUUGCCUCUUUUCCUUUCUCAUCAUUUAUUCGACACAUUUCUUGUCUGAUCCAUUUCUCUGGACUAAGCAUCGUUUCUCCUAUCCAUGAGGAGAGCAGCAUUACAGAAGACAAAGCAAAGCUUGAUAAGGUAGAAGAGGGAAUAAGAGGGAAUAAGAGUGUUUCCACCGGACAGAGCAACAUCCUGCUCCCUGAAUGUUAAUGUGAAUCCUUCAGUCGCGCAUCGCUGUGCAGGCAGGGCUCAGUGUGCUCUCUCUCUCUCUCUCUCUCUCUCUCUCUCUCUCUCUCUCUCUCUCUCUCUCUCUCUCCUACCGUGUUUGUGAAGGAGCUUACAGCGCAUCUGUACCGAGGCACGCGAUUCAGCUCGGCGCACCCGCACCUCGCACCUCUGCCUUUAUCCCUGUGUCACAUUUGGCGGACAGGAUCGGUUUCGACACGCUUCGUGCGACGGAGAAGCGCGGCGGAGUAUCGGCGUCCGUGAGAAAAUGAUGGCCGGCGGGGCAGUGCAGCAAAACGGCAUUUUCUCCAAUCCGCACCACCACAAUCAGCAGCCGCACAUGGAGUCGGACCCGCCGGACUCCCGCAAGAGACCGCUGGAGACGCCGACCGAGGCGAGCAGCACCAAGCGCACCAACACGGGGGAAGAAGGCGAGUACUUCUUGAAGGUGCUGAUUCCCAGCUACGCUGCAGGCUCUAUUAUUGGCAAGGGAGGCCAGACCAUUGUGCAGCUACAGAAAGAGACAGGUGCCACCAUCAAGCUGUCCAAAUCCAAAGACUUCUACCCAGGAACGACCGAGAGAGUUUGUUUGAUCCAGGGCACUGUGGAGGCCCUGAACAGUGUCCACGAUUUUAUAGCUGAGAAGGUCCGGGAGAUGCCUCAGAGCGCCGCCAAAACAGAGCCAGUCAGCAUACUUCAGCCACAGACCACGGUCAACCCAGACCGCAUCAAACAGGCCAAGCUGAUUGUGCCCAACAGCACAGCAGGGCUGAUCAUCGGUAAAGGUGGUGCUACGGUGAAGGCAGUUAUGGAGCAGUCAGGUGCAUGGGUGCAGCUCUCACAGAAACCAGAGGGCAUCAACCUGCAAGAGCGUGUUGUCACCAUCAGUGGGGAACCUGAGCAGAACCGCAAGGCUGUGGAGAUAAUAGUACAGAAAAUCCAGGAGGAUCCACAGAGCAGCAGCUGCCUUAACAUCAGCUACUCCAAUGUCACAGGCCCUGUGGCCAACUCCAACCCAACAGGCUCACCGUAUGCUAACUCGGCAGAGGUGAUGCCCGCUGCAGCUGCUGCAGCUGCCGCCACAGCCUCCAGCCUCUUGGGGCAGGCCAGUCUGGCAGGGGUGGGUGCCUUUCCUGCCGCUGCCAUGUCCAGCUUCUCAGGAAAUGACCUCCUGGCCAUCACGUCAGCUCUUAACACAUUGGCUAGCUAUGGAUAUAACACCAAUUCCCUGGGUCUGGGGCUCAAUCCGGCUGCUGCCUCAGGGGUCCUAGCAGCUGUGGCAGCCAGUGCAAACCCUGCUGCCGCUGCAGCAGCCAACCUGCUGGCCUCCUACGCCAACGACGCCUCCACCAGUACCGGCCACCCUGCCACAGGCCUAGGAGGAUUUACGCUAGGCUCUCUGGCCGCUGCCACCGGGGCUACCAACGGGUACCUGAGUGCGGCUUCCCCACUAGUAGCGAGUUCAUUAUUGGCCACCGAGAAGCUGGCUGAGGGUGCAAAGGAUGUAGUGGAGAUCGCCGUACCUGAGAACUUGGUGGGAGCUAUCUUGGGCAAAGGUGGCAAGACACUCGUGGAGUACCAGGAACUGACGGGAGCCCGAAUCCAGAUCUCGAAAAAGGGAGAGUUCGUUCCUGGCACUAGGAACCGAAAAGUCACCAUCACAGGAUCACCCGCUGCCACACAGGCAGCCCAGUAUCUCAUCAGCCAGCGAAUCACAUACGAGCAGGGUGUGAGGGCCACCAAUCCACAGAAGGUGGGCUAAAACAGGGAGAAAGAAGGAGUGGGGGAUGGAUGGAAAGAUACAGAGAAAGAGAAAGGAGGGCAAAAGAUUCAAAGGAAAUCAUCCACUUCGUGCUAUGUGCAUAUUUCAGUAUUAAAAAAGAAGGAAAAUAGUCCACCUUGCGAGAAAAGGAAUGAGUAAAAAUAUGAAAACCAAGAAAAAACAUGUAAAAUGUAUAUAUGGGUUUAUUUCUUAAGUUUUCAUCUUUCAGGAUUUUUAUUGGUUGAAAAUUUGGUUUAGCUUUUUUCAGUUUUUCUUUUUUGAGUUUAUUUUUUCUGGACAGUGGUGAAUGGUAUUUCAGACUGGCAUGCUUGCUGCAGCUCCCAGCAGGUGGUGGGGUUGGGGGAGAACAGGGUGGAGCAGUUGGACUUAAGCCUACCUGGAAUCAGCCCUGUACCCAUUGCCAGUCCCUUCCUAGCUGACAAGAUUAUAAUUAUUUUUUAUUUUUAACUCCUCAGUUUAAUUGCCUACCCCUAUGUCCUUAUAUAUGGGCCUGACGAGACGGCAAACAAGUGCUUGGGUUUUAGACUUAGGGCAGAUUCCCCUAUGUGGUCAGUGGUACUCCAUGCCACCUUACCCAUUGUCUAAGUCCUCAUAAGUCCCAACCAGCCCAAUCCCUGCAGGGCAAGCUGGGAUUGGGGGAGUGAGGGGAAGCCGAUUAGGGUCCGUCCUUCUAGCUACUAGCUAAAAACCUGGAGUUCUCUUUAAACCAGGUGCAUGCCAUGCAAUGCUAUUACAGAUUUAGCUAGCAUAAGGGAAGUUUGUAGAUCUGGUUGGGGACACAGGCCAAGCAUAAUGCACCUACUUGGGUCAAGUUAGUACCAGAGCAAACAGACAAUGUGGUGAUAUGCGUCUGGUAUUAAUCUAAAUACUAUUAUUAGCAGUAGUAGUUCUACUCUUAUUACAAAAAUCCUCACCAUUGAUAUUAUUUAUUAAUAUAAUUUCACCCAUCAGGACUGAGGUGUUUUCAUUUUUUUUAUUAAUCUGUGAAUUCAGGUUGACAUGAAUGUAAAGACAAUAUUUUGGAUUUAGUUUUUUAUUUAAGUGAAUUGAAUAGUAUGUCACAGUGUAAUAUAUGUCUUAUUUAAAGUCCAGUGACAACUGCAACGUCGGCACCAUCAGAGAGAAUAGGAGCAGGUAUAAUGUACUGUACGUUAAAAUUAAUACAUGGAACACACACAUGCACACACUCACAUAGGCACAUACAUUAAAAAGGGAACCACAUCUGACUUAAGGGUAGACAAAUCAGUGAAACUAGACAAUUCACAUAUAUACAUGUCUAAUUAUAAAAAAGGUAGAAUAUUGCACAAGUUCAAGGGAGUGUACCGAUAACAAGAACAAACUUAUUCAUGAGAUCAAAUCCCUUAUGUCUGGAAAUCCCAAAUAAUAUUUAAAAAUGUCCUCUUUUCUUUAUUAGAAAAUGUGGUGCAAUUAUAUAUUUAAUUUCAGCAAGCUAAGUGAUGACAUCUGCUCAAGUCAGUUGUCACUGGCUAUGGACAAAUUGUGUAGAUGUAUCAUAUAUCAAACAGAAAUAUGUCUCUUUGUGGACAAAUACUACUGAACAACUACAAACAUGAACAAAGCUUUAGUUCUGAUGAGCACAGGGAUGCAAUUUAUUAAGCCAUUGCCCUUUUAAUGACUACGAUUUCAUGGUGGCAAUGAGAUUCAAAAACAAAAACAUCUUUUCAGUCUUCUGAUUUGUUCAACUUGGCUAUGGAUUGAGCUAUCCAUGUCCUAUAUGGCGGGUACUAUUAGUUUUGGACAUUCUUUGAACAUUUAAAACUUCUCUGUACUCAUCAGAACUACCUCUGUGCUGCUAAACAGUCCAAUAGACAUGCAUACUUUUGUUGUUAGAAUACACUGAAUUUCGUCUUAAUGCACUGUGAAGUGUGGAGGCCAUGCUUGAAGGCCCAGAAGUAAAGGUUCUAUAUCAGAAAAAAACACUAACAAAAAAGCAUAUCGGAAGGUGGAAUUUUUCAAGAAGUGUAGGGUAUCAGAAGAAAAGAGCUUAGGACAGACUGGUUUGCUACACACAGAAAACCUCUAACUAAUGAUGAAGAGCCAGUUCCUUUUGGUAUCAUAUUGCUACUAUGUCAGACUUUGAGUUCCCAGCCUUCCUCUAAAUUACCGCCAGCAUUUCAUGGUGCCUGCUCCCAUAUUUAAUGUUGAUGAUGGGAAGAAAAUUCCACGUCCAGCUUAAAUGACCCAUGGUCGUUGUGGUUUCAUUCCAAAAAUUCAAUUGAAGUUCAUCUGAAAGGAGAUUAUCAAGCAUUUCAAAAUGACCUUUCACUUUACCAAUAGCCUGGAGGAACAAAAGAAGCAGAACAAAAAUAUGAGACCCAGAGCAGAAUCUAGACAGCAGUGUGCUCUCUCUUCACUGACUAAAUAUACAAUUGUCUUCCUCUCAAUUUCUCAAUUUGGAACGCCAGGGAGAGUAAAUCUGAACCGAUUGGUAAGGAGACUUCUUUAUUCCCAUCUAACACCAUCAACCUUUCCUCACCUCUUCUCAACCCCUCUUUACUUCCGUGCACCUCCCAUUUUGACACAUCAACCCAGAGACCCCCUUCUCUCACAUCUCUCCAUGGGUGGCAAUGUCUGGUGCUAAAGUGCAUGUUUGCUUGCCCUUUCACAAAACAAUGACUCGACAGAAGAGAAGAUGUGACCUAGGUGUUGCUGUGUAGAGAGGAAAUGCUUGCACUAGACUCCAGUGCAGGUCCAUGCUUUGAAAAAGAGACUGUGUGUAGCGCCCUAGUAGGAAGACAUGCUGGUUUUACUGAUUAGGGGUAAAUGCAGUUAGUUAAAGCCUUUAGGAGAAUCUAUGGCUUCAGCUGACAAGGAAAUAGUUUCGCAUCUUGUUAAACUCACUAAUGACGCUAGUUACCAAUUAUGCUAGCGGCUGCAGUAGACAGUAGUAUUAAUGUGUUUUUCCAAAUAACUGAAGGCAAUGAUGAUUUGUGGCUGCCAUAUUUUCCAGUAAAGAGCGGCGAAAGUUGAGAAAACUGGAGUGCCUCCGCAUUUUAGAGUGCAUAUGCGUCCCACACAUAGAAUUAUAUACAUGCGUACAAACACACCAGACUCAUGUCACACAUCAUGAACACCACAAAAAAACACACCCACAUGCACCCACAAGCGCACUUACACAGACACUGACAUUGUUUUGUUUUUUCAAGAAAAAAGUGGAUAAUGAGGAUUCAUUAAUUACAAAGAAAUUUGUUUAGUAACAUUAAGAAAAGCAAGAUAUUACUGUGAAAUUUUAAUGUGAACACUAAGAACAGGUGCCAUCGUAGUGUGCCUAGGAGCAGCUUCCUGUAUGCGUUUUGUUUUCCUUUAUUUCAGUACUUAAAAUGCAUAUUAUGGGGAGGGGGGGUCGUCUGCAUUUUUCUGUUGUUAGUAACUGGGGAACUAGAUAAAAUGUGAUCAGUACUGGAAGCAAUAUACGUAGUAGCAUGUCGUCCUGUCUCGUCUUUUAUUCUGUCUGUGUAGGAGCUUUCGAUUUACCUAGGUGUUGAGUAGGUUUGCAUAUUUAAUAUUUUUUAAGUUGUGAAGAUGCUGCUAUUGAAUAAGUGACGUACUAAAAUUUAAGAUAAACAUAUCUGGUCAGUCGUUUAGCGAGGUGUGCUAGUUCUAAGAGGUGUAAUAAAUGCUACAUGAUAAGAUAAUUGCUAUAUUAAACAGAAUACAUGAACGUGCCAAAAUAGAUCAUUACAGAUUCAGCAACUGUAAAUGUGUGAUUUAAACACCAUUAGCUACAAGCAGACUUACUUUUAUAAGUAAAAAAAAAAUGUGAAAAGUGCCAAACAAACCACAGUUAAGGUAUAACUAGCAAAGUGGCCGUUUUUAAAACUAGUAGGAACAAAAUAGAUGUUAGUGCUAUUAAGUUAAAGGUGUUCGGCCCCUCAUGAACUAAUACAAGAGGAAAAUGUGACGAGGGAAUCAUCUUGCUCACCUGACAAAUGCAUAUAGUGCCAUGUGGCCAUUAAUGCUACAUCACUGGGGCUAGAAGACUGCCGUAGACUUAGGCUAGCAUGAGUUUAAUACGUUAUCAGCAUUCUUAAUACAGCCUUUUCUAGUUCUGAAAAUGUAUUUUGUGAAAAUAGAUGUUAUCUUUUUUUGCACGUCUAUAUUGCAUGAUAUCAAAAAGUAACGUGUGGAUUAAAAAAAAAAAACAAGAAAUGAAAAUCAUACAAAAAAAGAGAGAAAACAUUAGGCAAUGUGCGUUCAUUUUGAGGACAAAUCUUUGCAUGCCAACACUAAGAGCAUUGGAGUUUUAUUUUACACACUCUGACCUGUCUUUUAGUUCUGCGAAGACUAAACUGAGAAGUUUUGUUGUCCAUCUGCAGGAACCAAAAUCAUUCAUACAUAAUCAUUGUGCAUUUCUUUUUGUUUGCAAUUUUGAAGUAUAACAAUAUUUUUAAGAGAAUAAUGUCCAGAUGUGGUUGUGAUUUUUAAGCUAGCAAAAGCAACCUAAUUAAAAUUGGGUUUCAAACUAUUGUUUUCUUUCUCACUAAAACUGAGGUCUUGUCCUUGAAUGUACUCACCACUGCAUAACUUUGCAUAUCACUUUCAAUCAUGACUUUUAAAGCAUGAUGUGUUUUUGUAUAUUGUGUGCCAAUACUAACAUCUUUUAGGCUACAUUACGCCCAGUGCUUUCUUCUGUUUUUGCCACAUUAUAACUCACAUUAUGCUCAAACCCAUGAUUUUGAUGAUACGCACUUUAUAAACCUUUUCGCCCAAAUUCUAAAUGACAGUGAAUGAGUUGUGAAAACUUAUCACCUGAGCCCUCUGUCUCUGCUGUUCAGAUUUUGUGACUUCCAAAUCCCAAAAGCUAUUCUGCUAAGUGAAUGUUUUAUAUGACAGGCUAGCCGCUAAUCUCUGGCUAUAUCCAUUAGUAAAUGAUCAGUCAUGAAUAAAUGAUGACCAUUUUCAGUUUAUUGUCAAGGUGCCACAAAGAAAAUGCCACUCAUUAGUUGAAAAAAAAAAAAAAAAAGUUCCAAUUAUCUGAGCAAGCUUGCUUAGACAAAUUUUCAGAAACUGGAGAUGCAUCUUAUUAAUUUUUUUGAUAUUUGAACAAAUAUCAAAAGCAUACCUGGAUGCAGUGGAAUGAUUUGAUCAGGUCUUAUCAUAUAUAUAUAUAUAUAUAUAUAUAUAUAUAUAUAUAUAUAUAUAUAUAUAUAUAUAUAUAUAUGACAAGACCUGAUCAAAUCAUUGCACUGCAUCGAGCCGUGCUUUGAUUAAGAUUUUGUAGAGUAUGACUGAGGAUUUUCUCUGUCUACACGCUUUUAGCAGCUUUGUGUGUUGACAUGUUGUGGCACUUCUCUGUUGGUGCUCUUGCACAAACGAGGCUCAUGUUUUGUCUCAUGUUACUAAGUUUGGCGGCUUUGUCACAUGCAGUAGAGUAAAGAUUAAUGCAAAUUUAUGGUUUAUUCGAUGUUGAGAAGGUCAUUGCUUUUAAUGCGGGCAUAUUGCUAGAGCAUUGCACUUUUCCAACUCCAAUCCGGCCCCACCUGACCCGCUAAUCGAACCCUGGGGUCACUCUUACGCUUGUAACCAUCAAAGCACCAGCAAUGUUAGAACACAUUUGUCAUAUCACUGUUCUUUUCUCUCUUUUUAAUUUACCUGUUUUUGUUUGUAUGACACUCUCUAACCUAGACCAAGUAUAACAAAAAAUGUCAUUCAUAUGUAUCCUGUUUACUCUCCCUUUCCCCCUUUUGCACUUUUCACUGCCCCCCUUUUUCCAACCACUACCCACACUUCUGCCGAACCUCUCCCUCACACCCUCCCAGACUUUCUCCUGAGUGCCAAAUGACAACAGUACCAUUCCAAACGUUUUGAGUUCUCUUGUAUGUUGGACAUCCAUCGGACGCACCCAUGAAGCCAGCAUGUUACUCCAUAACAUGAUGUCAGUCAUGACGCCUCAACAUUACCCAAAAAAAAAAAAAAAAAUGCAACCAGUAAAAAGCGAGAUCUGGAAUAACACGGUAAAAGGCUGGCUACCUCUCAUAAACUGCUUUUCCUAAUUCUCUGCCAUCUCUUCAACCUCCAGGACAUCACUGAUUGUGUGCCAUAAUGUUGGGAGCACUUGUCACUCUCCUCACCCCCAAGUCUCUCCAUUUGAGUUUUUUCGAUGGGAAACAUUAAAACAACAACAAAAAAAAUUCAUUGACAGCUUUUUUUCUUUAACAUAGAAACAUGCUCAGAAAAAAAAGCUGAGGAGUGUAAACGUCAGCUGCGCAGCCAUCUUCUGUCUUCUGAACUUUGAACUUUUCACCCCUCAUGAACUUUAUUGACCUUCUUCCUUCCCUUCUGUGUUCAUCAACUGUUUGGACUUAAAAUCUCCAUUCCAUCUCCAAACCUUUUAGAGACUGUGCAAUUAUAGUUGAUAUGAUUGGAUUUCUUUCUUUUUUUUGUUAAACUCAUCAUUGGGGACAAUUCUCAGAGAUAAAGAAUAAAAGCAAAAGAAAAACAAAACAAAAAAUCUUAAAAAAAAAAAAAUCCCAAUUGCUUCUCCACAACUUAAUUUUCUCUUUUCAUUGUAAAUAUUUUUGUCAGAUUUUGUUGAACUGUAACCAGAAGAGCGUUCAACAGAAUGGGGCUGGCAGCAUAAAAUCGGUUUUGUGGAGUGCUUUAAGCGGCAUAGGACAGGCAUAAAGAUAAAUUAGUUUGAUAUUAAUGAAGCAUGCUAUAGCAACAUCCAUAAUUCUCAUUGUAAAAGGGACAGUUUACAUAGAAUAUUGAAAGAUUUCAAAAAUGUACGCACAUGCAAAAAUAUUUUAUUACUGCUUUCAAACAUUAAUCAUAGCAGCUGCUUUGAAAGAGUUAAUUUAAUAAUUUAAUAACAGAUUUCCUGUCCAUUUAACUGUCACAUUCUUGCUAAGAUUCAAGCUUCACUUGUGUAUCACAUCUAGCUAGUUUGUGGUUUAUCAUCUCUGAAAACUGCUUUGCAUAUCAAUCUCAUAACAAGUACUGUUCACAUCGGUCCAUAUCAAAAACAUUUCUUGCAUUUAAAACUCAUAGUCAGCAUGUUUUGUGCUACUAACGGUUACUCUACAUUGAAUGACCAGGUUUCACUUUUGAAUUGAUAUUAGUUGUACAUAUCAGAGCUCAGUGUACAUAUCAGCUGUGUUGAGUGUAAACUGUGUCCAUUAGAUGUGUUUGAUAGGAGCAUGAGUUCUCACGCGUCCAGUUUCCCUGCAGGGAAGAAAGAUUGACCAUUUCCAUGAGUCAUAAUCGAGCUUCAUGCUCCACAUCUAAUGUUUCUAUGCUGCCAGCUUUCUUUUCUGAUAACCCUUCAUGAACUUAUUUAUUUUCAAACUACUCUACAUUAUUAAUAAAUGACAACAACUAGAAAAAGGGGAAUGACUGGAAAGAUGAAUUACUGUUUUGUUUUUAGUAUUUUAGUGGUUUAUUUUAACACCAUUCAUUAACUGACUUAAAGAAAAGUAUUGAAUAUUUAAUGUAAUUGUAGCAUUGUGUUUGUAAAAAUAGUGAGUUGUGUUUCUUGACUUGUGGAUUACCAGUGAAGUCAGCAAUUUAGUGCUAAUAUAUAUUAAGUCGUUUUUUAAGAUUUUUUUUUUUUCCGACAGCAACAACAGUCAUUAUAAAUGUUCAUUUUAGCAUCA